AUGUCUGAUACUCCUGUUUGGGACAUUCUUUCCGUCUUACACGAAUCCUCCGCAACGGAGAAGAUCUUCAUCGCGGCGUCUCUGUACGACAAAGAGGGAGCACUCUUGUCAGGCCAUUGGGGACAGUCAGUCCAUCGUCUCAUUAAUAUUCUGGGACACGAGAACGUUUUCCUGAGCAUCUACGAAGAUAAUCCGGAUCAAGAAAGCAGAAGGGCGUUAUAUGAUUUCGAAGCGUCACUACCAUGCGACUCCUCCAUUAAGCACGAGGAUUAUGAUGGAUCUGACCUCCAACACAUCAUCCUGCCGGAUGGCACGCGACGAUUGAGAAGAAUUGCAUUCCUUGCCGAAGUGCGAAAUCGUGCGCUUCGGCCGCUGGAAGAUGCGCAGUCGAAAGCAUUCAACACGACGUGGGACAAGCUGCUAUACCUCAACGACGUUGCAUUCGAUCCCAUCGAUGCAGCGAAUCUCCUCUUUAGCACCAACGUUGACGAGUCGACGGGCAAAACAAAUUACCGCGCCGCAUGUGCCAUGGACUUCAUCAAUCCAUUCAAGUUCUACGACACGCUAGCAGCGCGAGACAUCGAAGGCUAUUCAAUGGGCGUGCCUUUCUAUCCAUGGUUCUCGAAUGCCGGGAAAGCGGCGUCAAGACAUGAUGUGCUGGAUCAGAAGGAUGCUGUACAGGUGAAGAGCUGCUGGGGUGGAAUGGUCGCUUUCGAGGGCAAGUGGUUCCAGCCCUGGGUGCAUCAGCCGGCUUCUUCAGCGGAAGAUCCAUCGCAACCUCCUGCAGACGUUGAAUAUGAGCCACAUAGAGGUGAUUUGCUCAAGAGCAGAAGCACUGAAGGACAUGAAGAGCAAGGAAUCGAUGCUCUGGCUCGCAACGUCCAACUGAUGACCACAACGAACACCACCCCAGCGUCACCUCUACGCUUCCGCUCCGAAACAGACUCAUACUGGGAUGCCUCAGAAUGCUGCCUCAUCCACGCCGAUCUGGCCUCGCUCGUCUCAGCAGGUUCCUCUUCCUCCUCUGUAUCCGACCAAGAGCCAGCCAUCUUCAUGAAUCCGUACAUUCGCGUUGCAUAUUCACCCUCAGUCCUACGCUGGCUGCCCUUCACCUCCCGCUUCGAGCGCCUCUACACCUGGCCCCACCGCCUCAUCAACAUCAUCGCACGCCGGCCAAGCUAUAACCCACGGCAGUUCCAGAAAGAAGGCGACGAAGUGGUGGAUCGAGUCUGGCGCUGGGAUGAAGACUCAAUGGAAGCGGUUCGGAACGGAACAAUUGCAGACGUGGAAGGGGGCAUGCAAGGCCGCUAUGUCAGUGUGCGGAGGAAAGCGACAGCGGGGAUGUUCUGUGGUGGUAGGAGAGCUAGAUAUGCGUUGGAUGCGAAGAAGGGGGAUAGGGAGGGGCAUUGGGGUGCUUUUGAUGCUCCGGUUGACGUGGGUUGA